UCGAUAUCAGAAUCGACCUCGAAUUGCUGUCCAUCAUACGUUGAAGAGUGAAAGUGUUGACUUUUAAAUUGUUAAACAUGAGCUAUAUUAAGUGCAUCGUAUUAAUUCCUAUUUGCUAAGACAUAAUUUAAGCAUAUAACACCGUUAGAGAACAUCGUUAGAGACUGUCGUUUAAGUCUAACUAUUUACCAGCUGGCAUCCAAGUACUAAUCUAUUUAAUUGGAAUUAGUAAAGAUAUUAAAAUGCAGGAUGACGAAUACUAUCAAAUAACUUCACAGUUAGAUGCGAGAGAAAUAUUGAGAUAUUUGAACGAUUUAGGUAUACAAAAUAUUAGCGGGCAAGUUUUGAAGUACUUUAUAUCAGAUCUAAAAAAGCUAAUAAAAUACGAACUCCAGAAUCGAGAUAAAAAUUCAGCAGUCCAAGAAUUUGACACUCAAUGGUCAGACAGACUUCAUAGUGCCAGUACAUUCUCAUCGAGAAUCAGGUCAAGAACACAAGAUAGUACAAGUUGCAAUAAAGAAUGUCAAAAGUCGAGUAGAAAAAAAAUGCCAGGCCUUUUUAAUACAUAUCCGCAUUCAGCACCAAAUCUAAGACAGUUGAAUCCAGAUACCAAUUUAAGUAGAAGGGCAUGCUCUUGUGUAAGGGUUGAAAAAAAACAAGAUUUAAAACAUAAAGAAACAAAAGACAAUAUUGUUAGUUCUAACAAUAAUUUAAUAAAAGUUUCUAAACAACCUACAAAUAAGAAAUGUGAUCCAGUUUCUUUAUAUCACUAUUACAUGUCACUAUGGGCCAAAUAUAAACCUAAUGUACCAGGAGAAAAUAAUUGGUCUGACCUCAGGUGGCAAAUUAGACAAAAAAUGGCAGGAAGUUUUCCUAAACAAGGACCUAAGGUGCCUGUAAUUAAAGGAAAAAAUGAAGAAAAUAGUUGACUAAACUAAGGGAAUAUUAUUUCCUUUGUGUUUUAAAACCCAUCAAUUCCAGAUUAAUAAUUUGCUUUUGAUGGUUUUUUUUGUACAAUGUGACAUCUAUGGAAUAAUACACAACA